GUAAAUUUUGCAAGGAUGAAAAUGGGCACUAUGGAAUUGUAGAAAAAAGUUCUGCACACGUUUCCUUUGAAUCCACCGCACUACUUCGCCCAUGUUCAUUCAUUUUCUAUUUAAAGUACAAAAAUGGUAAUACAGAUGCUAUAGGUAUCGAAAUGGCGAUGAAGUGUUUUGUCCUAGCAGUUACUAUGAUUAUUGGAGUGAAUAUUUGCAGUUCGUUAGCACUAGGUGGUGGAGAUUCUCUUCUACUGGGGGAGUCGCUCGCUGGAAAUCGGAGCAUAAUAUCAAAGAAUGGCACGUUUGAACUGGGAUUUUUCAGUCCGAGAGGAACGAGUAAUUGGUACAUUGGCAUCUGGUACGCACGAAUUUCUCCAAAGGUCAUAGUUUGGGUGGCUAACAGAGAUAAUCCUAUCAGAAGCAUGCUCGGCGUUCUGAAAUUUUCAAGCGACGGUGAUCUCAGAUUGCUUGAUGGAAAGGGCCGGUCGGUGUGGUGGACUGAUCUUGCUGCGAAAGGAUCGCGGGCAACAAUAACAAACUCUGGUAAUUUCAUUAUGCUGGGUGACGGCCAGAACAAGUCUGAGAUUGUUUGGGAGAGCUUCGCGCAUCCGACAGAUACAUCGUUACCUGGAAUGAAGGUGUGGAAAGGGAUGAAGCUAACUUCAUGGAAGAGUUCUGUGGAUCCUGCAAGUGGGCUCUUCUCUCUAGGAAUGGACAUGUCUCCAGGAAAGACACAGAUGCUGAUGGUUUAUAACAAUAGUGUUCCAUAUUGGUCCAGUGGAGAGUGGACUGGUAAUUACUUUGCCAACGUGCCGGAGAUUAAUGCUCCUAAGAUAUUCGAAAUGUCCUGUGUGAGGAUUUCUCCUUCCAAAAUAUACUUUAGUUUUUGGAUAUUCCGGCAUGGGCCUACCCUGACAGGGCGGAUCUCUGUGGAUGCAGAGAAGGGUGAAUUAAAAUAUUGGGACUUGAUGGAUGAUGGGACUUGGAAUCAGGGAUGGUCGACAUACGAAGGUCAAUGCAGUCGGUAUGAUAUCUGCGGGGCAAAUGGAUUGUGCAAUGCAAAUGAUGUGUGUAGUUGUAUUGAGGGUUUCAAGCCCAAGCGUGACACUGAUCAAGGUUGGUGGUCAAGUGGGUGUUCUCGGCGAAGGCCCCUGCAAUGCUCUGUCACAGAGGGCACCACCGAUGGCUUCUUGGAAUUCAAUGACCGAAACUUGCCCGAAGAAGAAUCUGUCUCAUACAACAACGAGUCAACGAAUAUGCAAGGGUGCAGGACUGCUUGUCUCAACAAUUGCUCCUGUACAGCCUUUGCUUUUGAUAUCUCUGAUCUACCAGUCUGCAGACUCUGGUUUGGGGAUUUAUUCAAAAUGCGUGUUUCAUCUGACAGCCAAUCCGUUUUCAUAAGGCUGGCUGCUUCUGAGUUGCUGCACUCGACAUCAGAGAGAAGCAGGAAAGCCCCUGCACUUUACAUAUUACUUCCUUCUCUUGUGGCCGCUUGCUGUGUUGUUUUAUCUCUCCUCAUGGCCACAUUUAUUUUGUGGAAACGUCGAAGACAGCGGAAGAAAAGCGAACAAGAGGACAUGCCAGUCAUGCUCAAAACGUUCACUUACAAAGAGCUGCGAAUUGCAACCGAGAAUUUCAAGCAUAAGCUGGGAAGUGGUGCGUUCGGCUCUGUGUUCAAAGGAAUUCUGCCGGACAGCACGCUUGUGGCGGUUAAGAGAUUAGACGGUCCCGCAAGAGCAGAAAAACAAUUCCGUGCGGAAAUAAACACCGUCGGGAGAAUUCAACAUGUGAAUUUGGUAAGGCUCUGUGGAUUCUGCGUAGAAGGGUCUGGAAGGCUACUUGUGUAUGACUACAUGCCCAAUGGCUCUCUAAAUUCCUCUCUCUUCUGUGAAGAGGAAGAAGCAGAGAAGGUGCUGGAUUGGAAGACCCGUUUUGAGAUCGCACUGGGCACUGCACGAGGAUUAGUUUAUCUCCAUGAGGAAUGCAGGGAUCGCAUCAUUCACUGCGAUAUUAAGCCUGAAAACAUUCUUCUGGACGAAAACUUCAGCCCGAAGAUAGCUGAUUUUGGGUUGGCAAAAAUGGUGGGCAGAGAUUUUAGUCGUGUAUUGACGACCACAAGAGGAACUCGAGGUUACUUGGCCCCAGAGUGGAUCGCCGGCCUUCCUAUCACUCCCAAGGUGGACGUAUACAGUUUUGGAAUGACGUUACUGGAAAUUAUAUCCGGUCGUAGAAAUCUGGACUUGAAGGUGGAGGAGAGCAGGUUCUACUUUCCUACCUGGGCCUCAUCUCAAAUUCAGAGGGGCAAUAUAAUGGGCAUUGUGGAUGCAAGGAUAGCAAGUGAGGCGAAUAUUGAAGAGGUGAGAAGAGCUGCUGUGGUUGGGGGACUGUGCAUUCAAGACGAUGAGAAUCAGAGGCCGAGCAUGGAUAAAGUGGUGAAUUUGUUGGAAGGGAAGAUGGAGACUCCUCUGCCACAAAUUCCAAGGUCUCUACAGGUGCUGGUAGAUCAGGUUACAGACGAGGACAAUGAUACCUUUGCUCAACAUCCUUCCAUAUCAACCGGUUCUGCGUCUGCAUAACAAUGGUUUUCGCUGGAUCUAAAUCAUAAUUAUUAGAUAGUUUUUCUGUGUUUCAGGAUAGCUUUAUAGUAAUUGUAGAUCUUUUUAGGCUUUCCUUUAAAGUUCUUAUAAUCAAGUAUAAAUUAUACAGUAUAUAGAAUGGUUGAAUGGUGAAGAAGGAUUUCAGGCUUUGAGACGAUGUUUUCUUCUGAAUUUU